CAACAAAAGAAAAAAAAAACAAGAAGCUUCACCGUCUUCGACUUCUCUGCGUUGUGCACUCUUUCCCGUGUGCGGUAGGUCGUCCUUGAAGAUCUGAGUCCUAAUCAUGGCUGAUGAAAUUAACGAUAUGCAACAAGAACAGCUUGCACCAUUUGACCCAACCAAAAAGAAAAAGAAGAAGAAAGUUGUUCUUCAAGAUCAUGCUGAGAGCUCAACAGAAUCGCAGAUGGAGAAAGCUGAUGAUUCAGUGCCUGCAGCAGUUAACGAUGGUCUUGAAAGUACAUUAACUGGAAUGAAGGAUAACAAGAAGCCAGUUGAUUCCAGCUCACUGAAUGAAGAAAGUGUUGAAGCCGUAGAAGAUUUGGAUGGUGAUCAUGAGGAAGAGGAAGGAGUAAUCCAGCAGGAGAAUCGUUAUCCUUGGGAGGGAAGUGAUAGAUUUUACUUAUAUGAAGAGAUGCUUGGUAGAGUCUUCAACAUUCUGCGUGAACAUAAUCCGGACCUAACUGGAAAUAGGCGUCGUACAGUUAUGAGGCCUCCUCAAGUUCUCCGUGAGGGGACAAAGAAGACAGUCUUUGUCAACUUUAUGGACCUUUGCAAGACGAUGCAUAGACAACCAGAUCAUGUUAUGGCUUUCUUGCUUUCUGAGUUGGGUACUAGUGGUUCACUUGAUGGGCAGCAAAGGUUGGUUGUUAAAGGAAGGUUUGCACCCAAGAGCUUUGAAUCGAACUUGCGCAAAUACGUCAAUAACUAUGUCAUCUGCCUUGGUUGCAAGAGCCCAAACACAAAUCUUACAAAGGAGAAUCGUCUCUUCUUUAUGAGAUGUGAACAGUGUGGAUCAGAACGAUCUGUGGAACAGAUCAAAGCAGGUUAUGUUGCGCUUGUUGGCAAAAGGAAGACUUGAUAUCAAGAGGUUUAGCCCUCAAAGAAUAAGGAGUAGUCUAUGGAGUUGUGAGAUGUGAUGCUUUUCUUCAACUAGCUUUCUACUAAGUAUCUGUCACAUACUAGUCUUUUCUUUGUGUUUCUAAGUCUGCCUAGUCUAAUUAUCA